AUGCAUUUGCGACUCUUUGUGAUAUCCUUGCUAUGUGAAGUGAUCAGGAUGGGAUCUGGUGUCGUGCAGAAGCAAAGUGCUCACAGAGAGACAUCAGAGGACUGUCGGAGCUGUCUGGAGUGUUCCCGUGACAACGGCUGUGUGCGUUGCCCCGAGCGACUCUUCCUGUUCCUGCAGAGGGAGGGGAUAUCGCACCACGGGACGUGUCUCCACGCCUGCCCCGCUGGACACUACGGACAGAGAGGGAAGGAUGUCAACCGCUGCAUGAAGUGUCGCUCUUUGGACUGCGAGCACUGUUUCAGCCGGGACUUCUGCACCAAGUGUAAGCCCGGCUUCCAGCUGUACAAAGGCAAGUGUCUGAGCCGCUGCCCAGAGAGGACCUUCGCCCACCAGACAGACUGCCUCGAGGACUGCCUGCUGGCUCCACUGGGAGAGUGGAGCGACUGGAGCGUCUGUCUCCGCGACGGCGACAACUGCGGCUUCAGGUGGGGCAAGCAGACCAGGACCCGGGGCGGCGGGCAGCCUGGCAGGACGCCUGAGGAGAAAGCGCCGUCACUCUGCCCGUCCCACAGCGAGACGCAGAGGUGCAGGAUGAAGAAGAAGUGUCCCACAGAAAGAAGACAGAAUAAAAAAGGAGGACUCGGAAGGAAGAGGGAGAGAAAACGACAACGGCUGCUCGCCAGCGACACCGUUGGCAACUCGCCGAAUGGAACGACCGACGCCGGCGGAGGGCACGGGGCGGACGCGGCCUGAGGCGCGCGGCUCGCCGCGGCCAUCGCCCGACAUCAGAGAGCAAAUCAGCGUUUGUCAUGUUUCCAAUCAGCUCGCACAAUCUGAAACUCUAUUAAAACACACCGCAAUGCACCAUAAUUUGUUUACUGGAAACUCCAAAUGAGCAGCUAACUCGAUAUGAUGACUAACAAAUUCUUACAUUGUGACCAAUAAGUCAACGAGCUCCACCCGGCUGCGACCGGUGGUAGCAAUAAAGAAGAGUGCAUGAAUCCAGCUUUUAUCUGGAAUCUGAGUCUCUGUUCACACUUCAGCUUCUCUGAUAUUCAGUAACUGAACAUUUCUUGUGAAACUCAGGGUCACAAAAGUUGAGAAGAAAAGUCAAAUAUUUGCAUUUACACAACAAAUCCUCCAGAUGGAGCCAAACGCAGCAGCCUGCAGCUCUGACCGAUGUGUUUUCUCUUAAAGAACGUCCAAAGCUCACUUUUCCUGAGAGGCCUGAAACCUGUGGACUGAAGAUGGGCUCAAUUCUUCUUUACUGCUUUUUUAAUGUGUUUCCUGACACGUUGCUGCCACCUGUUGAUCGGCACAAUAGUGUGAAACCACUGGCGGGAAUGUGUGUCACGUGACCUCGUGCACAACAUGAGCAAAACAAAACUAGCCAAUUAAAGCUCUGCAGCAUUAAAAGUGGUCGAAAACGCCACAAGGGAACCUUGAAUUUACCAAACCUGCCAUCAGUCCUGCAUCUAUGCUCACCUGCGCAGCUGCUCACCUGCUCGUGCACAGUUAAACUCCGCCCCUCAGAGAUGUGUGUGUGCUAUCGUUUCCUGUGAGUCUUUCCAAAUGUGAGAGGCCAAAGUAGAAAAUGAAAAGCAUCCAUCAGCAACCCUGAGGUUAAAAGUUAUCUCUGCUUUGAAAAGUUUUUUUUUUUUCUUUUUUUAAAUUCAUCUCAUUAAGCGUCUUCUGGUUGGCUGAUUUUUUUUAAUGGAAAAAAUGUAAAUACAGACAAGAAUCUCCCUUUUCGUGUUUCGCUAAAGUUCGUUCUGUUUGUUGGAAAAAAGAAGUAAUUUCUCACGCAGUAAAACUUCAACUUCAUGCUUUGAAUCACAUUUUAGCUUUUUAACUGAGUCACCUUUCCAUUUAAAUGCUGCAUAAAGGAACGUCAGACAGCGUGUGAAUGAAACGUUGCAUCAGUUUUGGCAUCUGCCCGGUGGACUAAAAGAUCUCC